AAAGAUAUACUGAAGAUGAAUAUGAAGAUGAAUCCAGUAUUUUAUUUGUAAUUAAAAAUGCUGAAGGCAGCAGUGAUUUAGGAGAUGAGCCUGAAUGUCGUAAUUCAGAUGAUGAGCUUGAGGAUAGUUCUCUAAAAGAAAUAAAUACUAAGCAGACUUUCACAUCUUUUAAGAUGCUUGAGCAAUAUCUGAAACAUUAUUUUACCUAA